AUGAACAUGCAGGGAAAGAUCAUCUUCUACGAGGACAAGAACUUUCAGGGUCGCUCCUAUGAGACCAGCCAGGACUGCCCUGAGCUGACAUCCCACCUUAGCAGGUGCAACUCCUGCAGGGUUGAGAGCGGCUGCUUCAUGGCCUACGAUCGCAACAACUACAUGGGAAACCAGUACUUCAUGCGAAGGGGCGAGUACCCUGACUACCAGCGUAUGAUGGGUUUCGAUGACUGCAUCAAGUCCUGCCGUAACAUCCCCAUGCACAGAGGAGACUACAAGAUGAGGAUCUACGAGAGGGAGAACUUCGGAGGUCAGAUGCACGAGAUGAGCGAGGACUGUGACUCCAUCCAGGAGCGUUACCGUAUGUCCGACUGCCAGUCCUGCAACGUGAUGGACGGCCACUGGCUGAUGUACGAGCAGCCCCACUUCAAAGGCAGGCAGAUGUACAUGAGACCUGGAGAGUACAGAAACCUCAGAGAGAUGCAGGGAUACAAUGGAAUGAAGUUCAGUUCCAUCAGAAGGAUCACCGACUCCUGUUAA